AUGUACGUCACGUACUUGAAAUGCGAGCAGGUCGUGACGGAGUUUCUCUCCCUGCUGACGGUCGACAAGGCAUAUGCUGCAAGUCUCCAAGACGUACUGCUUACGCAUCUGCACGCGAUCGGCCUCAACCGGGAUGAGCACCCCAUCAAAGAACUUGCAUUCACACUCGAGCUGCCGUCGAUCCUUCAGGGCGAAGCACGCCCCGCUGGAAGCGCAGGCAAUGACAAUCGGCAGGCUUGCGCUAUCCCAUCACAUCCUCUCUUCCUUCAUCCCCUCUUCUCCCUUCCUCCUCCUUUCCUCACAGCUCUCACAGCUGGUAGCGGUUGCCUGUUGGCAUGGGAGAAGGAAUCGACGGUGCAAGCGGAGCUUCAAACGCGUUCAGUGAAGGGCAAGGAGAGGGGGAGUGGAAAAGAGAGUCAGGGGAGCAUCAGGAGAGUGGGGGACGAGGAGGGGGGAGAAACGGGAGGUGAAGAUGUGAGCGAUGCAAGGAGAGCAGGGAAUGUGGGGGGAAAGAGUGAGGGAGGCGGGAGCAAGAGCUGCAGGACGAAAGGCUGCAAGGAGGAGGAGGAAGAGGCAGUGGCAGUGAUUGCUGGAGUGCUGAGGGAGAAAUUCGGGCCUCAGAUUGUGAAAGAGGAGUUGGAGGAACGGGGGAGUGGGAUAGGAAGCAGCGAAGGCGAAGAGGGGGUGGGGAGAUUGAAAGUGGAGGAGGGGGACGAUGAGGAGGAGGAGGAAGUGGAGGAGGAGGAAGCAGAAGUAGAACCGUGUGAAGAGAACGCACCACCCACCACAUCUCCUUCCACACCCCCUCCUCCACUCAACAGCCGGCGGGUCGUAUCUCGCUCCUCCCUCCUCUCCCUCUACCGCUUUUUCUCCUCCCACCUCGGCAUUUCCUCCCCUUCCAUUGUCUCUUCCCUCCUCGCCACUUACCCGCAACUCCUCCGCUCCAAUCCCACCAAUGAUUUUCUCCCACGUGUCCGCCUUCUCCAGUCAUAUGGCAUUUCCGAUGCUGACAUCGCGCACAUGACUUUGAGUAACCCAGCCUGGCUCCGCUCCUCCCUGCCACAGAUUCAGAAUAUGCUUGAGCUUCUUUUAGGUAAAGGCAUUCGCCGUAGCAGAUUGGGUCUGGUGCUCCGACGUGGUCGCAACUUACUCUGCCGUGAAGCACGUUCAACGAACCUGGACAUUCUGGUGGAGAAGGCAGGGGUUCCUGUGGACAAGCUGGGUGGGAUUAUAGAGAAAUGCCCGUCCAUCUUGGCUCGGAGCAAAGAGACGAUGAAUACGCAACUUGAGAUGCUAUCAGCCUAUCUCAAGGCGAAAUCUGGACGGAAGGUAGAAGCGGGUAUCACCAGUAAAAGCCCCCUGAAGCAGCGACUAGAUGAGCCGCAUCUGGACAAGAGCCACCUUAGCAGGCUUAUCCUGAACUUUCCAAUAAUUUUCUCAUAUUCUCCCUAUCGCAUUGCAGAGAAUAUCGCCAUACUCCAGUCCUUCACUCCCCCAGGCUCGUCCUCCAUUGCAAGCUCUGUGCUUCGUCGUGGCCCCAACAUCAUCGGUUUCAACAAAGAAACUCUCUUAGCUAAGCUCCAGUUCUUUGUGGAGCUGGUGGGGGAGGAGGCAGCAGGGAGAAUGGUGAGGAGCUUCUCGCAGGUUCUUUAUCUAUCCAAGGAGAACGUGGAAGGCAAGGUGGCGGUAUUGGCUGAUUUGAUUGGCCAAGAGAAUGCUUUGCGGGUGGUGGCACAAUUUCCUUUGCUACUAGCUUCUAGUGAAGAUGUCAUGAGGGAAACUUUUAGAGAGCUUGUGCGAGAAGUGGAAGAAGAAUUACGGAGCAGUGGAGAAGUGGGAAAUGGGACGCAAAGUUUGGAUCGGCGAAUCAGACCGCGACAUCUGGCACUGGUGCGAAUGGGUUAUGCGGUUGUGGCACAUGAGAUUGCUAUUCAGACGAGUGUUGGGGACAGGAGGGGUGUUUCAAUAGGAGCUGGGAAAGAGAGGAGCAAGCUAGGUUCUGUGUCUGACGAGGUGGAGGGGGUAGAGAGGAUUGAAUGGGGAGCGGAAGAAGGGAAGAGUGGGCCGUUGUUUGGGGUUGUAGCAGCCAGUGAUGAGCCAGGGGAGAGAGUAGUCACAGAGCGGCAGCUUCUGGAUUUGGAGGGGUCAAAGAAAAUGGUGUGCUUGCAGCAGUUUCUCCUAUGUACAGACAAGCAGUUUGAGGAGAAGUUUGGGGUCAAAGUGUAG